GAUAGAGUGGUUGGGAAAGGUCAGGUUUAUAUUAUAAUUUAUAGGACUAUGCCAACAAUAGACAUUUAUAUAUGGCUUGUAUAUGUUUAUGGUUCCAAUUUGCUUCAUGAUUACCGAGGUAUCAACUGAAUAAAAAUUGUGAUUAAACACAAGUUAUUACAUUUUGAUUUAUAAUAAAUAUGUCUCCAAAACAAAGAAAGAUUGCUAUAAUGGGUUUCCGUUCUGUUGGAAAAUCUUCUUUGACAAUACAGUUUGUAGAAGGGCAGUUCGUUGAUUCUUAUGAUCCCACCAUUGAAAACACUUUUACAAAGACUGUCAAGAUUCGUGGCCAGGAGUAUUUUCUUAAAUUGGUGGAUACUGCUGGGCAGGAUGAGUACUCCAUUUUUCCUCAGUCAUAUUCUAUGGACAUUCAUGGUUAUGUUUUAGUUUAUUCUGUAACAUCAGCUAAAAGCUUUGAAGUGGUGAAGGUCAUUUAUGAAAAGUUGCUGGAUAUGACUGGAAAAGUGCAUGUGCCAAUAGUGUUAGUUGGAAAUAAAGUUGACUUGCACAUGGAAAGAGUAAUUUCCUACGAAGAAGGCAAGAAAACGGCUGAUGAUAUGAAAGCAGCUUUCUUAGAAGCUUCAGCAAAGCAAAACCAGAGUGUUACAGAUAUCUUCCACACAACUAUAAUGCAGAUUGAAAAAGCAGAUGGAACUGUUCAGGAGAAGUCUGGAUGUAUGGUGUCUUGAAAUUUACAGCCUUGUACAAAAAUUCAACUCUAAUACUUAUCACAAACUGAUAUUACUUUGUGCCUCACCAAUA